AUGUCAACAUACCUCAUAACCGGCACCUCCCGCGGCCUGGGCCUCGCCCUGGUACGCCACCUCGCCAGCCUCCCCAGUUCCUCUGUAGGAACCAUCUUCGCAACAUCCCGCUCAGAACACCCAAACCUACACGAACUCAGCCAACAGGAUGAUUUGACUGAGACCUUCCAUACAAACGUCACUGGCACCCAUAAUGUUACCCGGGCAUUCCUCCCUCUACUCCGCGAGGGACAGAGGAAGCUCGUUGUUAAUAUUUCGACAACCCUCGGCUCAAUGACUCUCGCACCAGUCUACAAACUCGCGCCAGCACCAGCUUACAAAAUCACCAAAGCAGCAUUGACCAUGUUGACGGUGCAGUACGCGCAGGAUUACGCAAGCGAGGGAUUCACCUUUCUCGCUGUGAGUCCCGGUUGGCUCCAAACAGAAAUGGGAGGGUCACGAGCCGAUCUCCCCCCUGCGACCGGGGCAGAGGCAGUCCUCAAUAUCGUGCAGAAGGCAACCCCGUCUCAGAACGGAAAGGCUCUAAAUAUUCAUGUGCCGGGAUGGGAGGAGAAUGAGGGAUUGAAUCAGUACGAUGGCAAGGAGGUGCCGUGGUAA